GAUGCACAGAUGCGCGGCACGUAUGCGCAGUAUUGAGUUAUCAUUUGUCAAAGCAAAUACGUAACGCUCGUGACGCUUCCGGAAAAUACUACCCGUUUGGAUAUUUUCAAAACAUUUCUAGUCCUGUCCAGUCUCCCCAUCUUAUUUUAAGAUCACACGUAACAACUGCAAUGCCACGAAGACGAUUAAUUAGGACGCAAAUACCAAAGUCAUCUGAAGAAAGUGUAGAGCCAACUACUGAUGGAGAAGGUAGUACACCAAAAGCAAAAGAGCUCCAGCCAUCUGAAGACAGCACAGCAACUUCAACAACACCAAAUGAACCUGUUACAGUACCAGCUGAACCUGCACCACAGCAGAGCACUUUAAGGAGAAGCAGAAGAACUGCACCAGAUGCUUCACCAGCAGUAGAGGAGAGUUCAGGAAACAGUGAUGCUGUGAAAUGUCAGGAGGUAGUGAAGGAUACUGGAACCGAGACAGUAAUGAAAACCCCCGUCAUCCGGUUAACUCGAGUUUCACGUCGUAAUUUAUCACCUCAGAAAACAAAUGUUGACAUCAAGCCUCAAGAGGAUGAAAAGGAAAAUAACGGUGAAGCUCCAGCAACAGAAGUCAAAGAAACAGUAAGAGGACGAAGAGGAAGAGCAGGUCUAAGGACACAAUCCCCAGGUAAAGCAGUUCAGAAGUGUGAGAACACUGUAAGUACAUUGGAGAGUGCAAAAGCAGAGACAGCUCAAGUAGAGACUCCUGUCGGGGAUUCCACUAAGAAUCUAGAGGAGGCUGAUUCGUUGAAGGUUGUAAAAGGAACUGAGGAUUAUAAUCCCAAAGGGAGCAAGAGUCCUCGGAUAAUUAAAAGAAGAAAUUUAUGCAAAACUCCAAAGCAUGAGAAGGAACAUGAAGAACUUGUGCAAAAUGAGCCUGUAAUUGAAGCAGAAAAUGUGACUGACUUGGAGAAGAACGAGUUAAAGGUCGGCACUAUUCUUGAUGGAAGGGAAGAGAAUGGAAAAGGAAAUGAAGAAAGUGCUGUAGAGGUCAAAAUUAAAGAAAGUGCUGCAGGGGUCAAAGUUGAAGUAAGUAAUGCAGAGGUCAAAAUUGAAGUAAGAGAUGAUGAUGAAGGAGAGAAGAUGGAAUGUGAUGUUCAAGACAGAGAGUCAUGUAGUACAGAUAAAUUAAUCAGUGAGACUUCAGUGGUUGUUACUGCAGUGAAAAAGGAGAUGGAUGGAGAAGCACCUUCGCAAAAUAUGGAGAAAGUGAGUGAUGCUCCCACAAAGAACACUAGAGGUAGGAGAACACUGAAGAGAGCCGCUGAUAAAGAAAAUGUAAAUGCUCCAGAGGCAAAAGUUUUAAUUAAAGAGUGUGAAGAAACAGAGUCUCAGAGUACAGAAAUUGUAAAGGGCACUCCAUCAAGAAUUGUAAGACAGAGAAAAGGAAUCAAAGAAACUUUAGAUAAAAAGGUUUUACAAAUGCCAGAGCAUAAAGUUUCUGUUAAAAUAGAAACAGAUUUACAAAGCACAGAAAAACUCGAAGGUGACAAUGUACAGGUUGAAGUUUCCGGGAGUGGGGAAUUAAAAGAAGAGUUAAGUGAAAUAGAGAAAGCAAAGGUAGGUACCAUAAGAAAAGAUAUCAAAGAAAUGGAAAGAGUUCAAAGUGGUGACAUUUUAGAGAAAAUGUUGGCUGAUGACAAAAUUGAGACAAUUCCCACAGAAAAAUCAAAGGGUAGUGUUUGUACAGUACCCAAAGGCAAGGAAGAAGCUGUUGAAAUUUCCAAGGAAAGUGAAACAGGAGAGUCAAGUAAAGUAAAUAUAGUUAAGGUUGAUACAAUACAAAAACCAGCUGCUGAAGAAGUUUUAGGUAUAGAAACUGUGGAUGUUUCCAAGAAAAGUGGAAGAUUAGUAGGAAGGUCAAGUACAAUAAAUACAAUAAAGGUAGACGCAGUAAAAGAACCAUCUACUGAAGAACUUGCAGUUAAAGUAACAGUGGAUGUUCCCAAGAAAAAUGGAAGAGGAGUGUUAGGAAGGUCAAGUAAAAUAAAUCCGGUAAAGUUAGACACAACAAAAGAACCGGCUACCGGGGAAGUUCCAAGUAAUCAAACAGAAGUUCGUAGUUGUGAUAUUGAUGAGAAAAUGGAGGUAGAAGAUGUGAUGGAUCCACUUCACAAAGAAAAUGUGGAGGACUGUCUUAAUGAAACAUUAGAAGACAAGAAAGAAAUUCCAAAUGCUGCAGAUAAAACAUUAGAAGACCAGAAAGAAACUCCAAAUGCUGCAGAUAAAACAUUAGAAGACAAGAAAGAAUCUCCAAAUGCUACAGAUAAAGAAGUGUUAGACGAGACUUUUGAGGCAGAAGAAAUUAAUUUUGAAGACUUUAUUGAGGUAGAUGGUGUAGAUAACUUCGAUGAAAUGGGCAAUGCAGAUGUGCCUGGUGAAGAACAAGAGCAUGGUUCUACCAAUGAUGAUGAGGAGUUGGAUUAUGAGGAUGCAGAAGACAAUGUUGAAGAUGAUGUCAGUAGUCUAGAUGCUGAUGAGUUACUCAUUAUAGAAGAUGAUGCAGAGUACCGAAGUCUUUUUGAUGAAGAAAUAACUGCUGCAGAAGAAGCAAGAGCUCAAAACAAGCAAGCUAAAGGUAAGGAUAUGGAAAAGAAACGCAGCCCUCAUGGUGGAAAACCUGAUGAAAAAGGGAAAAAAGAUGAUGCUAGCAAGGGCAGCCAAGAUAACAGGAGAAAGAAAGAUAAUGACCCAAGCAGGCGGAAAAGCCCUGAACCCAGAGACAGAAGUCGCACAACAAGGAGUAGAAGAAAGAGUCCUGAGGCCAAAGAUAGAAAAAGCCCUGAAUCAAGAAGUAGGAAGAGCAGCCCUGAAUCUAAAAACAGAAGAAGAAGCCCAGAGUCCCGGGAUAAGAAGAGAAAUGCCGAUUCAAAGGGUAGAAAGAAAAGUCCAGAGUCCCGAGAUAAACGGAAAAGUCCUGAAACCUGUGAGAAAAGUAAGAGGAAAAUUGAAGACCAAGAUAAGAAAAAGGAUAGUCAGUGCAGAAAUGAUCGAAGGAGGAGCAAGUCGCCUCCAAAGGCUGACAGCAAGAAGGACCCCACUACUGGUUGUAAACUUCAAAUUAACAUAAGGGGUGACGUCAAGAAAACCAACUCUUUCCGUCAGGUUGUAGUUUUGGCGAACUCUAUCUAUAAGAUACAGUUAAAAGGCCUGGAAAACUCGCAUGUUAAGGUGGUAUAUGAAGAUAACCUGAGCUCUCAAACAGUGAUCUACAAUAUACAGAAGCACAGAAAAGAAUUUGGAAAAAAUACUUUGUGGAUACUUCUGUCAGGUGUUUAUACCUUUGUAGAUGAUGAAAAGGCAAAAAGUUGCAAGAAUUGCAAAGAACCCUUAAGGCUUAUGAAACUCAAUCACAACCCCAUGGUAGAUUACUUGCUGCAGUUGUGCCGGGUAACUUGUGACACUGUUCAAUAUCGUUUAGGUUCUGAUGGGUUGAUCACAACUGUUCCCCCUUUACCAGCCCUUUUGGCACUUACAGACAAUUAUAAUACCCACAAAAAGUUGCAUGAUGCUGCAGAUGGUUAUAACCUCAUUGCAGCCAAGACCAGUUAUGAGAAGAUGCGGAAGAAAUACAAUGCAUUUUGCAGGUCAUGGACAGAAAAUGCUUGUGAGAGGAACAAAUCAUGGAUAAGUGUCGAAGCCUUUCAGGAGUAUAUGAACAGAGGAGAGGCAAACUUGUUUCCUAUGUUUUCUAAAGAUAGAUAUGAGACCAGAUUGAAGAAUUGGUUUGAGGCUAUGGAGAAGUUUGUUAAUUUGGUUUUGGAAACCACAUUCCCAGGUGUGAGGGUUAUUGAAAGUCUUUCCACGUCUCGUACUAUGGACUCCACAAAAGAACCGCCGCCUCCAGGUGAACCUGAGAGUGAUGAUAUGUUCAACAAAGUAGUUGUUGUAGGAAAUACUUCAUUUACAAAGGAUCUGCAAGAGUUAACAAAAGACUUGAACAUUGAGCAUCUGAAUGAAAACGUAGAUUUUGAUGAAGAUGGUUUGAAAUUCCUAAAUGAACUACAGAAUAAACAUCCAAGUAGAACGCUGUGGGUUGUUCUGUCUGGAGUGUCAGAAGUUGCAGAGCCUCUUGAGUCAGGGCCACCAAAAUGUAAAAUAUUGAAUUGUAAUGAACCAAUUCCAGUGUUUGUCACAAAGAAUGACAAAUUAGGUGACCCAGAUUUUAAGGAUAUGGAAAUUGAUCGCAUGGUUAGUAUCAUAGUGAAAGAAGCCUUUGAUUUUGCCACAAUUGCCAUAAAGAAAUUGAAAGAAGGGUCAGGUAUAUUCUUAGCUCCUAUCAUGCCUUUGUGCGCAAUCUGGUCUGGCCAUGCCACUUCACAUAGUCAUGAUGCUCUUCAUAGGAUGUACAAACGAGAUCCUAAUGUCCCCCAUUUUAUUGGGGGUUCCAGUGUUUGGAUUAAGUGCGCCAAAGCCUUAGAGAGGAAAUGGUUAUACAAGAUAGUUGGUAGCUUCAAGAGAGACUCUUAUCCCUCUGAACUGAUGAAGGAGUAUAAACAGGAGAAACCUCCAGUUUUACAGUAUGUAGAAGAUGUUACUGUCCCUCAAGUGAAAGACGUGCAAAAAGCGUGGUCUAAGAUGAUGGCAAAACUGCUCCGAUAUUAUUUGUUGGGCAGUAAAUCAGAAGUUGUGUCAGAACCAGUUGUGAAUCCAGUUCCUGCUAAAGGCCCUGUUACUCUUCACAGCCAGGGAGCCGACUUUGGACCCCCUGGUGUUGGCACAGAGGCUGUUGUACUUAUGGAUCCCCAAACUCAGGUGAAUGGGGCAACCCCUGGUGUGAUAGAAACAUUCCCUCAUUGUGCUGCUCCAGUUGGAUAUUCAGACAUGUUGAUUAGUCCUCAGUACCCAGCACUUCCAGCACAGCCUCUUCCAGUUGUUGUUGCUGCUGCUCCUCAGCCAAUCACAGCUUUUCAAGGUGCCAUUGCCUAUCCAGGACCUACUCAACAAGGCAUUCCUUUUCAAGGGUUUCCUGGGCCCCAAUCUCAUGAUCCCUACUUUACUGGUUGGCCAGCCCCAGUCAACCCAACCAUAGCAGCAGCAUCAGUGCCCGCCUUUGUGCCUUCAGUUUCAGUUGCACCAGUGUCUGAAGCAUCACCUGCUGUUGCAGGGAGUUGCACCAUCCAAGCACCACCUAAAUUAAAAACAGCAAUGAAAGGACACCUUGUCAUUCAAAAUCUGGAGACAGAUAUGAAUGAGAGUCAAGCUAGAACACUCUUGCAAGAAUUUGGAGAGCUGGGAGAAAUGAAAUGGCCUCUAAACCAAAAGGAUCAGCCUGCACGAUUUCUCAUGAUCAAUUACAAGCAACGAAAACAUGCUGAGAGGGCUGAACGUAUUCUCAAUUAUCUCAAAGUUUUUGGUGACAAUUCUGUAGUGAAACUAAUUGGUGGAGACAAAAAAGAAGAUGCAAACAAACUUGAGAGUGAAGAUUUGGAACUGUUGCUGAGUAUUCACGAUGUCUUGAACAAAAUUAAAAAGGAGAGCAAAAUGAACAAGGUGCAGCAGGUUCCUUUAUACCCUCAAUCAUCACGCAGCACAGUGAAACCUGUAGUAGCUGAUAGUGUAGCACCACUUCAAGUGCCUGUAACACCUGUACUCACCAUAGUCGUGAGCAACUUCACAGACAUUGUGUCAGUAAAGGAUAUUAAUGAGAUGUUUGUGGAAUUGGGAGCUUGUGGCAAGGGUGUCCUCAUACAAAAUGCUCUCCACUUCACUUUUAAAGGCGAUUCAGCAGUAGUAAACUUACUGUCAGGUUAUCGGUUUCCUGAUAAGAAGAUGGAAGUAAUUGUUAAGGCCUCUACUAAUGAAAUAAAACCUACCAAUAAAGCUGUCAAGGAAGCAAAAGCCAAGAUUGAAGGACCAUUGUCAAAAUUGAUGAAGAAAAUUGGAAAUGUCCUGAAAGAGGAGGUAGAUGCUGAGAUGAAUGUUUACACAUUCAAGACACGCUUAUGCAGAUAUGCAGAUGGAUGUAAAGCAAAAGAUCUGUGUCCUAAAUUCCAUGAUGCGGGAGAUCGACGUAGGUGCCUGAUCCUUCAUAGAUACAGUGAUGAAAUGUGUACAGUUUUGGAAGAGUCAGGUUCCUGUGAGGCUAAAGACAAAUGCUCCAAUGCACAUUCGCCGUUGGAGAUCCUGUUCCACUUCAAGAACUUCAGAUCAAGUAUAUGUCCUGGUUGGCAACAAAAUCGUGCCUGUGACAAGGUUGGAAGAGUUUGCUCAUAUGUACAUCCAGGAAAACCAGAAAUGCUGUAUAACGAUAAGUGGGACAACCUGUACGUUGAAGGAUUAAAGAAGACACUAGCAUAUCUGACAGAAGCUGUCAAGAAUUUAUUCCUCGUGAAAGACUUGCAAUGUCUUCGAGUUUUGCUAAUUACAGUAUCACCUGAACUGGCUAAGCUGUAUGUGGAUUGUAUAACAGAACUGGCAAAAUGCUGUAACCAGAAAGUGUCCUACUCGGCUGGAGAUACUGUUGAAGAUGGUACUACUGUGCUCAUCACCACAUUAGAUGCAUUGCGCCGUUUAGUGAAUGUAAAUAAGCCACAGCAAUCCAAGUUGGAUACGACCAGACUGAGGGCCUUAAUUUUAGAUGAUGGCCCUGCUCUGCUCCAAAAUUGCCCCAAGUUUAUCCAGAACUACUUCUCAGACCUUGCUAGGAAAGAUGUGAAUGUAGUUAUUACAGCAAACAAAAUUUUAAAUAAGGAAGUUGAAGAUGCUCAGGUUAAGAUACAUCCUAGAGGUGGUUUUAAGAAAAUAUUCGUAGAAAAUGUCAAGAAAAAGGAUUCCAAGCCUCGUUCAUCUGCAAAGGCUGGUUCAUAUAGGGGUGAUGUGCUAGAGAGAGUGAGUGCUUCCACUAGGUCCUCGGAUACAAAACCCGUGCCGAAAAAGACAUCAGAAAGCCAGAGUUCUAAAGACAAGACAGACAAAGGAUUGGAAAACAAGAGUUCAUCAAAGGAGAAGACAAGUACCACCUGGUCUUCCUCAAAGGGAUCUAGCAGUAGAUCAUCAUCAUCAAAGGAUUCUUCAUCCUCCAGUCAGAAGUUAGAGGAAAGAGUCAAAACCCUGGCUGCACUGGAAAUUGAAUACAAGAAGGCUUUGGAUGAAAUGGACAAGGAACAAGAGCGAGAGCUUGAGCUGUACAUCAAUUCACCAGAGUUUCAUCCUGAGUAUGAGCAAAAGUAUUCCAUUUUCAUGGAGCAGUACAAAGUCCAGUAUCCUGAGAGGAGUGAUAUGGAACAUUCUAAUAAUUUAUGGGAAGAAUUCUGGAAAGAGCUGAUCACUUUACUCCUUCAAGAAGAGUAUGACACUAAGAAACAAGACUUAGAAAAAGUAUACAAGGAUAAAAAAGAAAAGGCAUGUAAAGGUACACCUAGUCGGGAUUCCAGAGAAAAAGAGAACCAACAGGAUGAAGCCAAACAAGGAAGGAAAUCCAGUGAGUCACAGAAACGAAAAUCCUCUACCGACAACAGGGAUAAUCAUAGGGAGAAAUCUUGUAGGAGUGAGAGAAGUUCAGAUGUAGGUAGGGGUACAAUGAAUCAGAACAGAAAUGAAGAUGGCCUCAGAGGAAGGACACAUCAACGUAACAGAAAUGAAGACAGUGAUACAGGAAGAAAGCAACAGUACAACAGAAGUGAAGAAUUCUCAAGGGAUAGUGUUAGAGCGGGACAUCAAUACCUUGGCCAAGAGAAGUCAAGUAAUUAUGGUGGAAUGCAGCAAAACUCCAACAAAGAGGAAUUUAACAAAGGAAGAAUGCAGCAGUCUAGUGUCCCUGGAGGUAAUAAAGAAAGCAGUACUACUGACAUGCGAGAAACUAUUAACUUAUUACAGGAACUGUGCCCCUCUCUUGGUGUGUUGGGGCCUGCAGCCCAACUCCUUAUGAGAAAGAUAACUGUUUGUUGGUCUGAUAGACAGGAGCUCGGUAAAUUGGUGCAAAAUGAAGACAGUAAGUUGAUUUUGAUGAGGCUGUCAGAAAAAGCUCUUGGGGUUAGUCAAAUGUAUGGUUCUGGACCACAAGCAAUGAAAUUAAGAUUGGCAAGUAGUCAUGCUCUAAAACUUUUGAAUACGGCUUCAUUACCUGUGGAGAACUCUAAGUUUUAUGGGCUAAACAUUGAGGACCUUGCUAAGAUGACAUAUAAUAUGGAUCCAGCUUAUAUUGUUCAGUGCAUUAAAAGUGCGUUGACUGCACAAGGUAUCUAUAAUGCCUCGGAGAAGGAGGUUACAGACAUAUAUGUAGCUGUAACUUCUGCACACUUUGGUAUAGCCUACAGUAAGUCAGGGGAAGCAGCCCAACCUAAAACUCAAGAAAGUAGGCAAGGAGACAGUGGAUUAUUGAAAAGAGGAAGGCCUGGUUGGAAUGAUGAUGAUGAUGAAGGAAGUAGGCCUAAAAGGGUUGGAGCAUCUUGGUUAGGAAGUGAUUUGGGGGUAAAUUCAAGCAAUGUCACUCAAGGCAGACAGACUGGUGGGAAGAAUGAGUAUGGCGGUUAUGGUUCAGAUAAGCAGUUUGGUAGAAGUGAUGUAAGUUUGUGGAAUGCAAAAACCAAUGAGACUGUGAAUUCAUCACAGAAAGGAAGCUUUGGUUAUCAGAAAGCACAAGAUUUUGGCCAGCAACAAGUAACUGAUUAUGGUCAUAAGAGCACCAAUAGUUUCAGUAUAGGGAUGAAUAUGAAUAAUGAUAGUAGUAAUAUGGAAUUUAGUAGGUUAGGAAACUUUUCCUCUCUUAGCAGUAAUUUCAACAGUGGAACACAGGUAAGAAAUAUGUCAGGUGGUAGUGGCAUGAGUGCUGGUUUCAGUCAGAGGGGGAACCAAAUAGGAGAGAAUUUCAACAUGAGAAGGACUCAAAUGGGAAGUAGGUUUAAUCAAAGAGAGGAGAAGCAGAUGCAAGGUAAUAAUUCAUCAGGGCAGCAAGGAAACCAAGAUGAGUUAAGCAUGAUUGAGUUCUUAUCUCGAUGGUAAUAUGUAGUUACUUGGAUAAGUUUACUUUGUAAAACCAAAGCAGUGAAACUGAUAUUUCAUAAAAUAUUGGAGGUGUCCUCAGUUUCUGUGAGAUGCAGAUGCAGUUUGUUUUUAUACUUUUGCUUUUCCAUUUAUUUUCUUAGGGUUACAACCAAAAAUUAUUUUAUGAGGAGAAUAUUUCUUUGUAAUGUACCAAAGGAUAAUCUUGCCCCUUUGCUGUUUAAGAAGCAGGAUUUUAAGAAAUUUAUAUAAAAGGAAAUUUAAGAGUUAAACCUUGCAGGGCAUUGCUCUUUUACUUAACUUUGUUAGUUUGCAUGUUGUGUUUUAAACAAUCUUGAAAGCAGAGGACGACUUACUGUCAAACAUAUGUUAGGUGAAUUACCAGCUUUCAGCCACCAUAUAUCAAGUAUUUGAAGCAAAUCCUAGACAAAUAUUAUGAAAAGAUUUUUUCCAUUUAUCCAGCUAAUGGAUUUUUUAUGAGUUGUAGUAUAUCACAAUUUAUUCAUUAAGAUUUAGAAGGGGUUAGGAAUAUCAACUAAACAUUGUUAAUAAGUGAUGUGUACAAUAAGACAGUGGAAAGGUAAAGUACACCACAUUGUUAUGAAGUCUUCUCUGUGUCUUAGUUAAUGUGAAAGAGUAAUUUUAUGAAAUAUAAGAUUGCUUCAUACAAUCUUAUAUCCAUACUCAUAAUGUUUGACAAGGAUUUUCUAUUGGUAAUUUACUAUUCAAAAGUAUCAGAAGUGAAUGGUUUCCACGUGCAUUUCAUCCAUAUUAAUGAAAUUCAUUUGUAAGCAUUAAGUUUUGUCACAUGUAAAAAUGGCUUUAAAGCGGAGUAGUUUGUUUUGUCAUCUUCAGUUGCAAAAUACUUCAUGCAUUGCCAUGGCUGUACACCUACUGAAAAUGCACUUCUACAUCUAAUAUAAGUUUAUAGAAUGAGGCUGGGAUAUAUUUAUGCCCGAAGUUUAUUUUUAUCGUUAAACAGCUAGUGAGAAUUGGUGUUAACCUGGUUAUCUGGAUAUUCAUUGAACUUAGCCUAAAAUAUUGGUUGCAUUGACAAGAAUAUCUAAAUGAAUUUACUUUUUCUGUGUAUCCUUACAAACAAAUGUACAAAUGUAUAUGAUCUAAACUUGUCAAUAUAUAUUGUCAAGCAUUGGUUGCUUGUAUAGAGCUGUAAAUAUUUUAUUAUUCACUGACGUGAAAAUACUACGUAUGUAUACUUGGGUGUACAUAUCAUUCCAAGUGAAGAGUAAAGAUUAUUAAUUUUAAGCAAAUCCUUGUAUAUUUUUUUUAUUCAUUUGUAAGCCCUUCGUUUUCAUAUUAGUUGUUGGUAUCAAAGAUGAUCACAUUUUCAUUGAAUAAAAUAUAAAUGAAUACA